GUCGUGGGAAGGUAGGCGAAAAUAAUCGCUAGUUUAUUUAAUAAAUUUUAAUAGUUUAAAAGGAAUUUUAAACAAUGAUUUAGUGCAAAAUGUAAAAUAUAAGUGUCGAUAAUUGAUUGUGUGAUAAUAGUUGAUUGUGCUAAGGAUAUUAAAGAUAAAUCCAUCUACCUACCAAGAUGCGUCUCUUCAAACGAAGGUGCUCCGACCCGUCGCCACAGCUAGUCAGCCUGUCCCACAUAGAAGAGCCACGAGUCAUCGAGCCGACACAGAUCGACGCCGAAACGUCCUCGCCAACAUUCAAAACUCCUUUAUCAUCCUCUGACACCAAUUUCGCCUCACACCGAGGUGUAAGUGACUCCAAUUUAUCAGCAACUGCCAGCAGGUUGUUGCCAAGGAAAAAUGAGCAGACUCCUCAGAACCACCAGGAUUGUGAAGGAAUGCUGUUGAGGAGAGGAGGAUUUAGUGGGAAUACUAAUGCCAGUUUUAGUAGCGAUGUUGGAAGCGAUGUUGGUAAAUUUGGACAUGAUUCCAGGCAUAAAAUGGUUGAGAGCGAACCUGCGAGUAGGGAAACUAGUGCGGAGAGGUCUAACAAAAAAGGUCUAACAACUUGGUCCAAAAAAGUCAGCAGACGUUGGGACGUCCUGAGAAGAAGUGAUUCAUCAGAAAUUCCUACAACCCCUGACUCCUGCGUAGAACAUAGAGCCAACACUCUACAAAGCAAUUUAUCAUCAUCCAGUGGCGGCAGAAGGCAACAAUAUUCACUAUCGAGCAAUUCUGGUGGUGGUAGCAACGAUGACAUCAGUUCCCAAAACCAGAAACGAGUAUCCAGAGUCGAGAGUAUCAGAAACUUAUUCGGGCGACAAAAGGAUAAAUCGGAUGGUCAGGAGUUCAAGAAAAGAUUUGAUGAUAUAGUCAGCAAGGUUGGCGUCAAUACAGUUCUAAGAAAUAAACGCAAAAGUCUAAAUACUCAACAAAAUCAAUCACCGAACACGUACGAGUUGAACGAAAAGCAACUUUUGGAGUAUUUGCUUUUGUGUAGGCCCGAAGGAUGUAAUCGAAGUCUUGAUGAGUUGAUUCAGAAUUUUAAGGAUACUGUUCGAAAUGGUGCUGGCGACAAAGGUGCUACUUUAUCUGGUGUUAAUAAACGACUAGGAGUUCUGCGAGAGGAGAACCAAAACGCCAACCGUUACUUCAACAAUUCCCACCGCCACAGCGCUCCAGUAGUCGCCCAAACACCAGGAACCUCAUCCGCCACAAACACUCCCCUAUCAGUCGACGAUCUUUGUGCGGUUCUCAACGGCAUUUUAGCAUCCUCAAAUAAUGGGGUUCCUUCGAAUCGUGCCCUCAGACCGACUGAUGAAAGUGGCUACGACAGUGAUUCUACGAGAACAGGGUCGCCUAGAGGUUCUGAAAGAGGCGUGGAUAGCCCUAGAAGUUCACCAAGGGGUUCUGAAAGAGGUUCGAUUAAAGGGGGAAUUUUGAGAGGGUCUCAGAUGAGUUCUAAGAGGGGUUCUUUGGAGGAGCAAGUCGAGGAUGAGCAGUUAGGGUUUAUGGACGAUGGUUCGGCGAGGGUUUUUGAGAGGAUGGAGGGCGAGAGGACGGUUGUGGAUCUUUGCAACGAUAAACGUUUAUCCUAUAAUACUGCAAACCAGUUAUUGGAAUCCAUGUGCGCAGAUAGUUCCUUAAACGACUCGAACUCAUCCAAGAAUUUACUUGAAGGUUUCAACACAUCGAUAAGGACUUUGACCAACAUCUCUGGUUUGAACGAACACAAUGUCGAUUUGGAUAAAACUCCAAUAGCAUACACAGGAGACACAGCCGAUGAACAUUCUUCAUCCGAUGAAGAAAAUGUUGAUCAAGAUUGCAAUACCUUAACCAGGAAAUCCUACAGCGAUGAUACAAGUACAAUUCGUAGAAGACGAUCCAACUCCUUAGGUCUCAGAAAUUCCUCCACUCAAAGCACUUCUGAAUCGAUAAAUCUGAAUAACACAACAGCCAGCAAGAAUAAUUUAUUCCUGGACACCACAAACGAUUCGACGGCUUUGAACAAAUUGGACCAACCUAUCCUUUUCAAGCAACCGAGUUACGAUGUGGUGUUUCACGAGAACUUGAAUAGUUUACCAAGUUUUUCCAGGAUGGAAAUGGAGUUUUCAUCAUUGAAGACUCUCAAGAAGACUUCUACAGGUUUGGAUAAUGAUGAAGUGCAAAAACAAGAUUCUGUGCCAAUGAGAGUUACGGAUAAGUUUGAACGAAGGUUGGAAGUCGAGGGAGAAAGUUCUGAUGAUGAUUGCAAUUCAGAACAACAGCAAGAACCAGUCGUAAGACCUGGUGUGGUCGAUGAAAUUGUAGAAAACUUUGAAAAUAGAGUACGCUCGACUUCUAUCUCCAACACUGGCACAAUUUUAAGAAAAGGAUUGUUGCAUGUGUCUUCAAACGAAAAAGAAUUCAAAUGUGUAAGGAUUUAUGUGAAAGAUGAUGAGUUUUGCGGAUUGUUAGUCGAAAAGGCUGAUGCUGGUUCCAGUUUUUUACCAAAUUCUGGUUCUAAUCAAAGAACUGGAUGCAUUUUGAUUGUCGGGAUUGAGAAGAACACACCUGCCAGCUUAAAUGGUUCCUUCCGCAUAAACGACGAGCUGGUCAAAGUAAACGGACGCCGAAUGCGCGGUUUGUCUUUAAAAGACGUCCGAGAAUAUUUAAACCAAGCAGGAGAACUAGAAAUAGUCAUAUCACGUUUGAAAACCCCAAAAACACCCUUAAAUUCCGCAUAUCUUACCAAAGCAUCAUGUUCCACAUCCAAAAUUCCAUCCAUGACCCAAAAAAUCGGAACGAGUAACACUUUGUUCCAAUCCAAAUCCACAACGACUUUAUUCAAAAAUAAAACAUUUGGUGACAAUUAUUCUAGUAAUUUUGGGAGUUUCUCCACAUUCCAAAAUCGUUCCAAGUCGUUCCAGGAUCAAAAUUGGACCUUGGCACAAAAAACUGUACCAAAAAUUGGACAACUUUACACUCCUAUAGCUUUGAGCAACUCGAGAGCAAAAAGUUUCAUUGAUGACAAAGUCAAAACAUCAUACGAAGACCAAAUAGAUGCCACCAGGAAUUUAUUCUCGAAAUCGGAUGAUACUAGUUCUAUGCUGGUGUGGAACCACAAAGCCAAGGUAAUUGAUAGUGAUGAUUUGUCGUCGAGGUUGUGUGCAGGUCCUGGACAAUGCGAAAUCACCAUCAAGAGCCAGAAGAGGAUCAAAAAUUUGGAGGAUAAACCGGAAAUUUUAGUUAAUGGUAGAUCAGACAAUGCUGAAACUGUUGUACGGAGUGGAAGAAAUCCUAAUGCUCCUAAAAUUGUAGGAGGCACUUUGAAGCCUAAUGUUAACCCUGAAGAUGUCCAGAUCAAGAAAGAAAAAUUGAAUAUCGAUAGAAGUUUUGAAAUUGAGUCACCGGUUAAAAAAUUUGCAGCAUCACCUGCCAAACUUGCAUCAUGCAACAGCAUCAGCAGACGUUCUUCUCCAGCAAAACUAACAGGCAUGAAGAAGUUCUACUACGGUCACCAGAAACGAAGAUCUCUUCAGGCGAUUUUGAGUCCAGAAAGACCUCAGGCUGAACCCAUAAUGUCUUCUAAGGAUAACAAUGAUGAUGAUUUACAAAGUCGCGAAACAUCAAACCAAAAUACUCCAACAACAAAUAAAGACCAGGACAGACUAUCCUGGACCAACCAAGAAUCUGAUAACAAACCCAAAGACCAAUUAAGAAAAAUACACAGCAGGAACAUCCAGGGUAACAAAAUCUUUGGAAGUUUCCAAAGUAUACCUGAACAUUGCGAUGUGGGAAUUAACAAACAAGGAUCAGGAUCAUCAGGAUUAGCUGAUAGAUCAUCCAAAUAUGAUCAGAGGCUCCAGGAACCUGUUCCUAAAGUCAUUUCUAGGCCCGCAGAAUUGUUGAGGGUUCAGUUUGUAAAAGGAGCAGGAAGACCUUCCUUAGGCUUCACCAUUGCAGGAGGUUCUGAUUCGCCGAAGGGCUCUAUGGGGAUUUAUGUCAAGACUGUUUUACCAGGAGGACAGGCCGAGAAACAGGGAUGUCUCAGAACAGGUGAUGAAAUCCUGUCAGUUAACACAGUACCCUUAAGUGGCCUCACCAGGACCCAAGCGACUGCAGUUUUUGCAAAAGUACGAACAGGUACUGUCACCCUGAGGGUUCUCCGAAGAGGCACAGCACCCCCCACAGAACUUCCAACAGCAUCCAACAGGUGCUCGAGAUGUGAUUUUACAAAUUUUACAAAUUCCACAAAUCAUACAAAUCAUGGUGUCGGUUAUGAUCAUGCUAAUAAUACUAAUGCUUUGAGUAGAAGUAGUACAUACAUUAUAUCACCCGGUGAAGGUGAUUAUAGUGAUAGCGAUAUGACUGAUUUAUCGAUUGCUGAUGUUGGUUCCAAUCGUGGAACCUAUGGUAAUGAUAGUAACAAUGAUAAUGGUUUUGGUUUUGCUGAUAAUGCUUAUCAUGCUGGUAUUGGUCAAGAGGAUGGUGAUGUUGAUGGUGAUUUUGAUAUGUGUCGAGAUAUUGAAGAGGUUAGAGGCAGUGGAGGAUAUAUUAAAAGGGCUAAGAGGUUGUAUUCGGCGAUUACUACCAAUUUUUAAUAUUAUAGGUCAAGAAUAUCAAAGUCCUGCGAUGAUUUAGAUAAAUGUGACUUUUGAAGAAUAUUUUCCUGAACUUGAAUUUAUAUUACAUGAGGAUGUUAAUAUUAAGAAUGAAACAAGUACGUAACGCGAACGUAACAAAAGAAACGAAAUUAUGAGGUAAAAUAACAAUGCAAUAUUUUUUGAGUAUAUAUGAUUUAUAUAAUUUUUUAUAACUACAAUAACUCUUUAAACAAAUAUAUUUUAUGGUGCAACUGUUUUUAUAGGAUUUAACCCGUAUUA